AUCUGUAGGUUGGCACAGAUGCUAUUCCUUAUCUGGUGAAAAGGAAUGUGAUGCGCCAGCUGCCAUUGUCACUUGAAGCUGGGAAUGAAGAGUCUUUCGGCACUGGAGCCAUGUUGUGUGAUGCCAAAGAUACAAGACUUGAUGUAAACCAGCUGGAAGAACUCAAUGAUCAUGUGACAGUGAAAUCUUCAAUUGAAGAGCUCCAGUGUGAGAGUUGUCAGUUUGAGUAUCAUAUCAUUCACAGUGCAAGCUACAAUGUUCCAGUACUAUACUUCACAGCAUGUAAAUCAGACGGUAAGCUUCUGACCUUAGAUGAGGUUUGGGGUCAAGUACCAGGAUCAUAUCAGGAAAGAUUGAGACACCAGAGAUGGACGUUCAUAACCCAACAGGAGCAUCCCCUUCUUGGAAGGCCCUUCUUUCAGCUACACCCUUGCCGAACAGCAGAUCUAAUGAAGUCUGUUGUACCACAUCAUAAAGGGAACUAUGUUGUUACAUGGCUGAGUUCUGUUGGGCCUGUGGUGGGUCUAGAAUUACCGCUUGCCUUCGCUGACCUCUGCCAAGCAAGAUGAGAUCACAUGCAGCUAUUGCAGAUACUACCAGUAGGUUGUGGACCAACUCUAGUCCAAAGAUAGCUAACUGCGGAGCUCAAUUGUGGACCAGAGGAAUGAUGAAUAAAUUUUAGAAUGACCGCUUGCCUUUGCAGACCUCGGUCAAGCAAGAUGAGACAUCAUGAAGCUAAUGCAGAGACUAGCAGGAGCCAUCUUGUGGACCAACUUAUGGACCAACUUUAGUCCAAAGAUGGCUUAUUGCAGAGCUCAGUUGUGGACUUCCACCGGAGGAAUGAAGAACAAACAUUGGACCUCGUUCAUCUGAAUUUGGACCAACGAGAACUCAAAGAUGGAUACAGACUUUCUCUUUCCCUGCAUUGGACUCUCUGUAGGCCCAUUAAAAAAAAUAUGUGGUGGAUAUUCUGUUCAAGUUGAUAUGGACCAUCUUCACAGACACCUUCUUAGAUUUUGACCAAUACUAUUUCAUUUGCAUUUUAAAUAUUGAUUAGAACAGUAGAGGGUAGUAUACUGGUAUGGUUCUAUUCAAUGGUAGAGUUGCAGUCAAUACAACUCCUACAGUUAAACACAACUUGAUUUCCAACCAAUCAGAAGCCUGUAUUUAAGUAGGACAUGUGAUGAAGUUUUAGAGUUGUUUGAUUGAACGAUGGACCCGUUAUCGGUAGACCAGGGAAUUAUUUUUCUUUCUCUUACAUGAAUGAGGAUUUUGUUUAAAAACAAGGGGUUACUAGUUUGAUUGGAUGCUAUACCCAAAGGGUUUUUAUUUUUAUUCCCAUGAUUCUAGUCUGAGAAAUUGAUUGAACCAUGGACCUGUUAUUGGUAGACCAGGGAAUAAUUUUUCUUGCUAAAAAAAUUUGAUUUAUAUCUUCUUCGGUCAUAAGAGAAAAAGCACUCCACUAAGUUCUGUAGUCCUAUAAUCUGCUACACUCAAGACUUUUUAGUAGCAGUCUCAAGAAAAAUGUGGAGCAAAUUACAGUGCGAUACCAGGAAAAUUAUUUCCUGUGGACAUUUGUUCAUAGAGAUUAUGCUUGUCAGCGUAACAUACAUGUUUCCUUUGGUUGAUGUCUCACAUGUUUCACCACCAAUGAGAAUCCAAAUCAUGAUUUUAUAAAUGAUCAAUGAUGAUACUCAUGUGCAAGAUAAAUCACUGGAAUCAUGGAAAAUCAAUGUGCAGUUAUGGUCUGUAAUCAGUUUCCGUUCAAUUAGUUUUGUCAUGAAAAACAUGUUGGUACAUGUACAUGAUAAGGGUUUAUUUCUAUAAAUUUCUGUGAUUUUAAAACAGUUUCUUCUAAUUUCAUCACGAUAUUCCAGAGUUUAGAAGGAUUAAGAUCAUUCUUUUCUAAUAGCUGAAUAAGGAUAUAUUGAUGUACGAAUACUUGCCAAUCAGUAUUACAUCUGCCUUGCUAGAUUCUAUUUCAUAAAGCACACCAUGUAAAUAAUCUGGAUAGGGACUAAAAGUUAUGAAUUUCAUCAUCUAAAAUACGAAACUUGCGUAAAAGCAUCUAUGGCUUACACCCAGUUAUUAUUAGAUUGGAUGAUAGAUCUGAAAAUAUGACAGGGCCCCAUCUUACAAAGAGUUACAAUUGAUCCAAUCAAUCUUAACUAUGGAAAUCCAUCAGUAUCAUAAUUUUCUGUUCAGAAAAUUUGCACGAAGUCCUUUGAAAACAAAGAGAAGCACACUAAAUUUAUAAGAAAUCAAUGAAUGUAUGAAUAUACAGCAUAUCUAGAAAAUAUUUUGAACAAACAUGCAUUUUAGAUGUUGAUGGCCAUCUAUAGUUGUGGUUGAUCGGAUCAAUUGCAAUUCUUUGUAAGACGGGGCCCAGUUAUCAACUAAUGGGAAUCAACACGAUUGAUAAUCUGAUUUUGUACCCAAGAAAGGAUCACCAAUUAUUCUAUGAAGUCUAGCUUAAUAAGAUCAUCUGGGUCAGUCUAGCUUGAUCAGCUACACAAAAUUGUACGCAAAGAAACCAGUGUGGAGUGUGAUGUCAAACAAGAUUAAGGAAUCAAAAUGUCUAUUUUCGUCCUUGGAGGCAUUUCACAAAGAUCCUUAAAAUAGCACUUAGAUUCCCAGUAGCAAGGGUUAAAUAAAGCAUUACCCUAAUCAUUGGAUGUUCCACAUUAUUUGAUCAAUGAGACCAAGGAGAUAUCUCCUUGAUGAGACUAAUCGUGGAAUUACAUAUUGUGUGUUGGCACUUAAGCAAGACUUUAGUCUGACUAAAUCUUUUGUGAUCAAACUGACAGAUCUGUGCCCCAGUAACAAAGCUUAGCAAUGAUCGUAAUUCUCUUUUUUUUUACAACUGAUUGCAUUGACUACAAUGUACAACUAUUCAUGAAAAUCAAGUACAACUAUUCAUGAAAAUCAAGGGUACGAUUAAUCGUUAAACUUUGCGUUACUGGACCAUGGGGUCUGUUUCAUAAAAUAUUUACAACUGUUGUAACUUUGCCUAAAUGGUAAUUACCAUGGUAGCAGGGCUAAUCAGCCAAUCAUAAUCGUGAUUGUCAUGUUAGCAUGUUAGUAAUGGCAAAGUUACACUCGUAACCCUUCAUUGGCAUUUAACAUUAUCUUUUUAAGUUUUAUUGCACCCUUUUUCAUGUUGCAGGGCUUGACAGAUGUUUAAAAGAAAAAAAAACAAUACAAAACUCUGAAUCUUUUCUUAGAUCUUUACUUCUUUAAUAUCAAAUGCAUUUUUCUUACAAAAAAAUGUACAAACUUACAUCGUAUUAUAAAAUUACUUUUACAAGUCUCCAAAAGAAUUAAUGAAAUUCUUCUAGGCUUGUACAGUUAUUCAAAACCUUGCACGACCUUGAAUAUCAUCCCCAAUGUGUAAUUGAGAUUUAUUCAUACUUGCCAGCCCCUGACAAUAACAAAUUCUCUUAUGAAAUGAGCACUUUUACAUAAUUUACAUUUGUGAACAUAAAAUCAAAUAAGCAUUAUUUACCCCUUCUAGAACAUUUUGAUAAAAAUCUGAUCGGAUUUUAGCCAAGCACCGUAUUUGAGUAUUUAAUUAUUGUCCCCUUUCAAGCAAAGUUCCCGUACCAGCUUUUGUCAACUAAGGGGGUGUUGCAAGAAAAUUUUUGCAAAUAUAUUCUGUGCAAUUUUACAACUGAUAGAUCAACGUUAGCUGUAGCAAAUCAGAUUAAACUUCUUGUUUCAAGGAGCAGAUUAGCAAUCAAUCACUAAUUUGCAAUUAACUACAAGACAUAUGAUUGAUUAGGGACCAAAAAUAGACUUGCAAUUGAUCACAAGUUUCUUGCAACACCCCAUUAGACUGAUAAAUUGAUGUGGAAAUGAGGAAUGAAAAAUAAGUCUUUUCCUUUGAACCCUCCCAAGUUGGAUAGAGGUAAUAGGGAUGUCUGAGUUUUACAGCACUUUAAAACAAAUUUCUUGUCUGAAACGGCUUAGUCUAUAUUGAGGCAAUAUUUUAAUAUCAUAUACCGCCCUGAACAUGCAUAUUUGGUUGUCUACAUGUACUUGAGGUGUUUUAUAAACAAAAUAUGGAAGGAAGAAUGAAGUAUGCCUGACAAAAAACUAAUUUAUGUACUGACAUAGCGACUCACAACCUGGCUCAUUGCACAGUGAAAUGACCCAUUGAAAGUGAUUUUGCGCUUAAGAACCCCCCCCCCCCCACUUAACCUUUCCCUCCCCCAUUUUAGCCAACAUAUGACAGGUUACAAUUUUUAAGCCAAAAGGGGUUUCAUCAAAAUGGCCAAGUCUUUCCAUGGUCAAGAUGAGGAAAAACUUGACAGUAUUUGUUGAAUAAUUAUUAUUACAUCAUAUUACUAAUAUUCUUAUAACUUCUCUCAUGAACUAGACUAGUCACAGAAUAAAUACAGUGCCACAUGCACAUUAUUUCAUCUUGCUUUGUC